GGACUCUUCUUCUUCGAACACUUUUCGUCGAUCCGGUUCUGUGGAGCAGUGGUCGGUUUUGUUAUGCGUGAAGGAAUUUGUGCAUUUUUCGUGAAAAAUUUGUGUAUUUCCGAAGUGAAAACUGUUCCAGCUUGUGCGCCAGGUUUUGCACUAUCGACGGUGCAUCGUUUUUGUGUGAAUGUUUUGUGAUUUUGCCAGUUUCGGGUGGAUUUGUGCUACGCUCAGUUGACGACGGUACUUGGAGGAGAAGACAGCGAAAAGGAAAAACAACUGCAACCUGAAAUCGGAAUUGGAUUUUCGUCGUGAUCCGCAUAAUAUAGAAACCAUACAAUUUGCAACAUUCUUGCUUUGUAACGGUACGGAAAACCCUGGAGAUGGUCGACUCGCAGGACACGAAUCAGACCUAUGGCCAACCGACUCAGCAUCCAAUUGACGAAUGUGAUGCUGCCCAACUGGUACAGAUUCCGACCAAUGAGUUCCUGAUGGACCUUGACGGAGAUAUACUAGACUACCACGAGGUGCUCAAGCUCGGAUCUUCAGGAAGCUCGCUGAUGGGUGAAUCCGGUGACCAUUACAUGGAGCAGAAACCGAUCGUCGUCGUCGAUCAGCAGACGCCACUGAUGGCUGCCCUGCUGGACCAUAUGGACCGUACUCCCACGCUGGACGAGAUCGAGAAUCCGGUGUACAACUUCAACGUGGACCUCAACGGGGAAACCAGCGGCAAGUCCAGUUGGAUGUUCUCCUCGCGGCUGAACAAGGUAUUCGUCAAGAUGGGUCAGGCGUGUACGUUCAACAUCUCGUAUCAGGCCUUGACCCACCAGGAGCUAUUUGUGCGGGCGAUGAUGGUUUGCUCGGCACCGGAAGACAUGCACUAUCCGGUGUACCGAUGCGAAAACCAUCGCGGAAGCGACAACGUCAAUCCGAAACUUCCCAGCGAGGUGAAGGCGCACGUCAUGCGCUGUUUCAACCCGUCCGCUCGGUAUGUCGGCACCGAGAACGGAGUCGCCUUCAAGGACCGCCUAGCGGUCAUCAUUCCCCUGGGCAUGACCUCCCAGGAGCAGGUGGCCCUGAAUGUAUCCCUCGAGUUCGUCUGCCAGAACUCGUGCCGCAUCAUCAACCGCCGGACGACGGCAAUAAUCUUCACGCUGGAGGACGUCCACGGCCAGAUUCUGGGCAAAAAGUCGCUGCACCUCAAAGUGUGCAGUUGUCCCAAGCGGGACAAAAUGAAGGAGGAGGAAACUGUAGCUCCCACCAAGCGAAAGAGCGACACCCAACUGCAGGCGCCCCCGGGUAAAAAGAUAGCCAAGGUGGCCACCCUUUCGCGCCAAAUUGCUGCUCAACAGCAACAACUGCAACAGCGACGCCUCACGCCAUCGCCAACCAGUGGCAAGCUGGCCUUCAUCAAGAGGGAGAUCUCGGCGGAAUCACUGAACGGUUGUAACCAGAAGGCCCGUUCCAUCACGCCCUCGCACAGUCAGGAGAUGGUCGAAGCCAAUGGCAUUCCGGUGACGGUGCUUCUGCCCUCGGUGGAGAUGGCCAACAAGGUGGCCGAGUAUGCGUUCCAAAUUGUGGCGGCCGAGCUGGUCCGCAGUCACGCCGAUCAGGACGACUCGAAAAAGCUGGCCGCAUACCUGACCAACAUUCGCCGGGUGCAGAAAGGUCUACAUACUGGCCGCCCAGGCUCCAAUACCAAUGCAUCAACGGACUCUGACUAGCCCUGUGGUUCCAGCUCAUUAGGCUUAGGAUAGAUAAGAAGAAAGACAAAGUUUAUUCUUAAUUUUUAUUUUUACAACGUUUACGAAAAAUUUAACAAAUUAUGUUUAAGACUUAGAAUUCUAGUGAUGUGCCAAAGGUUCGUUUUCCUUCGCACAUCACUUCCUCAUAUUUACUAACACGCACUAAACGCGAAACACUGUUAAAUGUAGCAACGUCGUAGCACAGACAAACAGACGUCACAUUUACCUCACUCAUCUAUAGUGCUCCAAGCGUCUGGUUGUCUGUGGCUUCCUAGUGUGUAAAACAAAUCCUACUCUUUAAAAACUCGCGGGAGAGUAUUGAAACCUACUUCCCAGUGUCUUCCUGUAACCGUUUCGGAAAUUUAAGCCUAUCGUGUCCUUCGAUUUACAUUUUUUUUUUGUUCUAUCAUGUUACUUACUAGUUACACAAAACCCAAUACAAAACCAAGUUUGUCGAACAAUGUUGUGAUUCUGUUACCGCAUGUUAACCAGAAGAUCCGCCCCCACUGUCGAAUUUUACACCCGCCGUACGAAGUGUCCCAUUUCCUUGCAACCUUUUAAAUUGUUUUCCUACUUUCUUGACCUCCCUCCCAAUCUCCUCAGUUGCCAUGAUUUCGGUGCAAUUCUCUUUCUAGUUUAUCGGUCUUUUUCAAGGCAGAUUUAGAAUUGGCUUACUUUGGUUUUACUGCUUAAAACUUUUAGAUGAUAAGCAUGAAAUUCGAGAGUACCUUAAGUUUUUUUUUUACUUAUUUCAUUUGUUCGAAAAGCGAGAAAAUGACGCUUAUUUGUUUAGAAUAGAAGAAUCGAAUCUACGGGGAUAUAAACAACGCCUACAACGGUAGUGAUGUAGAAAAAGUGCUAUUUGAAGUGCUUUCUAAACAAGUUUGUUGAAGAUAAGCGGAUGAUGAUUUAUACGGAUGAAUGUUUUCUGUAUUACUUUAUAAGAAA